GCACGCUGGCAGCCCACACGGUGGCGCCGCACGUCCAGACGCGGCCAGGGUGUGGCCAGUAGGUCGCCUCGGCCCGCACCGGCGCCGGUGGCCGGAGCGCCGAGGUGGAGACGGCAGCCGCGCCGCGCGCACGACGAGCCCGAGAGCAAGCGUAACGAUGCCCGGCGCGCGCGCGCGCUAGAAGGCCUAGCGAGCCCGCCCAGUUCGUGGCCUCUCUGCCGCGGUCUUGCGGCAAGCGCGCCAGACCUCGCUCGCUCGUUCGUGGCGUCCGCAGAGUUUGUUUGGUCGUUUGAUCAUGGAUCCCUUUCACGGCAUUGUGAAAGAGGAGGAAUUCGACUUCGCCGGAGCUGCAGCGGAUGGCUACUCGCCGUCUUCCUGGGGCUCUUCCCAAUCUUCCUGGGCCGGCGGCGGCGCCUUGGCAGAGCUGCCGCGGCCGAUGGACGGCCUCGGCGAGGCGGGCCCCACGCCCUUCCUGAACAAGACGUACGAGGUGGUGGACGACCACAGCACGGACACCAUCGUGUCGUGGGGCGUCGCCGGGAGCAGCUUCGUGGUGUGGGACGCCCACGCCUUCUCCAUGGUGCUCCUCCCCCGCUACUUCAAGCACUGCAACUUCUCCAGCUUCGUCCGCCAGCUCAACACCUAUGGGUUCAGGAAGGUUGAUCCGGACAGGUGGGAGUUCGCGGCGGAGGGGUUCCUGCGGGGCCAGAAGGAGCUGCUGAAGACGAUCAGGCGCCGGCGGCCUCAGUCGUCGCCGUCUGGCACGCCGGCGCUGCUGCUGCAGCAGCAGCAGGGCCAGCAGGGGGCGUGCCUGGAGGUGGGGCAUUUCGGGCCCGAGGGCGAGGUGCAGCGGCUGCAGCGCGACAAGGGCACCCUGAUCGCGGAGGUGGUGAAGCUGCGGCAGGAGCAGCAGGCGACGCGAGCGCAGAUGCAGGAGAUGGAGGCGCGCCUCGCCGCCACGGAGCAGAAGCAGCAGCAGAUGACGGUGUUCCUGGCGCGCGCCAUGAAGAGCCCCAGCUUCCUCCAGAUGCUGGUGCAGCGGCAGGACCAGAGCCGGCGGAAGGAGCUCGCGGAGGCGCUCCUCUCCAAGAAGCGCGGCCGCCCCAUCGAGUACCUCCUCCCCCGCAACGGCGAGACCAGCAGCGCCGCAAGCUACAGCGCCGCGGCGCGAGGCUACGGCCCUGGUCUCGCCGACGGCAGUGACGGCAGGCGCGCGGACGGCGAGGACACGGAGAGCUUCUGGAAGGAGCUGCUGAGCCUGGGCCUGGAGGAGAGGCAUCGGGAGGCUGGCGGGGGCGGCGGGGAGGCGAGCGGCGCCGAGGUGGACGACGACGUGGACGAUGAGGUGGACGAGCUGGUGCAGAGCCUCUACCACCUCAGCCCGAACCGGCCCCACAGCCACCAGUGAAGGAAGAACAGAAGACAGAAGGUUCUAGAGCGAGAAAUAUCUGCUGCCGCUUGGAGAACAACGUAGGGCCGCAGCCUGACAAGUGACAACCCCAGCAGUGAGCGAAAGAAGAUAAGAAGGUUCUAGAACAAGAAGUUUCCGCUGGAGAACGUCGAACGUCGUGGGGUAGACCGUAGGCGUAGUGGUGGUGGUGGUAGCGGUAGUGCUGCCUCCAUGCCCCCAUGGGCGUUGGGGGCUGGUCUGCUUUGUUCAUUUUCUAUUGCUAGUUGUAGUACCUGACAUGUUGUCGGGGCCCCGCGGCCUGCAUGCGCAAGUUGCCCGAAACAGAAAGGGGCCAGCGCCUUUUGCCUGGCGUGGUGGAAUAAUGCUCCGAGGCUUUACCGGAUUAAGUACUCCAAGUUGGACGUA